GAUAAGGUUGCUUAAUACACUUCAAAUGGCUCCCAAAAUUGUGUUUUACCUCUUUCUUCUUGUCCAUGUCGUUGAGUUUCAGAUGUCCUUUGGACAAGGCGACGUAAAUGGAGCAUAUUGGUUGGCAGAUGCCGGAGUUCCAGCCUCCGACAUAGAUUCCACUUUGUUCACUCACCUUUUCUGCGCAUUUGCAAACCUUGAUCCUCAAACCAACAAGGUCACCCUUCCCUCUGCAUCAUUUUCCCAGUUCACACCCACCGUCCGCCGCAAAAACCCUUCCGUCAAGACCCUCCUAUCCAUCGGCGGCGGAAAUGUCGACCCCGCCAUUUUUCCGGCCAUGGCCAGCCAACCCAGUUCCCGGAAAUCGUUCAUCGAUUCCUCCAUUUCCGUAGCUAGAGCUAACGGGUUUUCCGGGCUGGACCUGGACUGGGAAUACCCAAGAACCACGAAGCAAAUGGCUGAUCUGGAGUCGCUCCUGAAAGAAUGGCGUGCCGCGUUAGCUGCCGAGGCCGCCAGCUCCGGCCGGUCACCGCUGCUCUUAACGGCGGCGUUUUACUACGCACCCAAGAUUAACGAAUUGAGCUAUCCCGUCCAGGCUAUCCAGAAAAACAUGGAUUGGGUAAACGCCAUGGCGUACGAUUUCUACGACCCAAGCUAUUCAAAAGUAACCCGACCCCAUUCUGCCCUCUACGAUCCCGCCGGCCCCUUCAGUGGAAGCUAUGGGAUUCAGGCAUGGAUAGCGGCGGGGCUUGGGGCGAAGAAAUUGGUUCUUGGCAUGCCGUUAUACGGGAAAGCAUGGCGGUUGGUGGACCCCAGCAAGCCGGGGUUCUUGGUUCCGACCAGCGGCUCCGCCAUACCCAACAAUCAGUACGGCGACAUAUCGUACAAGGAUAUUAAGAAAUUUAUCAGCGAUAACGGUGCGACGCAAGGGUACAAUUCUACGUAUGUGUCGAACUAUUGUUAUGCGGGAACAACUUUUAUAGGGUACGAUGAUGUUGAAUCCAUUUCUGCCAAGGUUUCCUAUGCCAAGAAGAAAGGUUUGCGUGGGUACUUUGAAUGGCAAGCUGCACAGGAUCUCAAUUGGGCUCUUUCUAAACGAGCUAAACAAACAUGGGGAGCAUGAAACAAAAUUCCCAGUCUUCUACUGUUCUACUCGAUCUUAUUAUUAUGCAAUAUAAUAAAUCCAAGUUUAUAUGCUUGUACAUCCAAUAAAUAAAGGAUGAUUAAUAAAUAAACAACUUAAUAAUAAGUCAAGGACUUUUUUCAUUUUCUUGUUCC